AUGACUUUGCAAAUGCCGGCUGUUAACUUUGAUUUAUUGAAGUCGAAAACCUAUAGAGAAGAAAAUCACUUUAUUAAAAAUGUUUGGAAGCAUAAUUUACAUGAGGAGUUUCAUCUUAUACGACAGAUUGUACAGAAGUAUCAAUGGGUUGCAAUGGACACAGAGUUCCCAGGAGUUGUUGCUAGACCGAUAGGUGAAUUUCGUUCUACUGCUGACUACCAAUAUCAACUUCUAAGAUGUAAUGUGGAUCUCCUGCGAAUAAUACAAUUAGGACUUACUUUUAUGGAUGAAAAUGGUAAAACACCUCCAGGUUGCACUACAUGGCAAUUUAAUUUUAAAUUUAAUUUACAAUCUCUUAAAAACAGGGAAGAUAUGUAUGCUCAAGAUUCCAUAGAUUUGCUUCAAAAUUCUGGAUUACAAUUUAGAGAGCAUGAGGAACAUGGGAUAGAACCCAUUGAAUUUGCAGAACUAUUAAUUACCUCAGGAAUAGUUUUAAUGGAUAACAUAAAUUGGUUAAGUUUUCAUUCUGGGUAUGACUUUGGCUAUUUGUUGAAAUUGCUCACUGAUCAAAACUUACCCCAAGAGGAAAGUGAAUUCUUUGAAAGUCUAAAACUAUAUUUUCCUACAGUUUAUGAUGUUAAAUACCUUAUGAAAUUAUGUAAAAACCUAAAAGGUGGAUUGCAAGAGGUAGCUGAUCAAUUGGAGUUGAGGAGGGUGGGACCGCAACAUCAGGCUGGUUCCGAUUCUCACCUAACUGGGAUGGCAUUUUUCAAAAUAAAAGAGAUUUUCUUUGAUGGCAAGAUUGAAAGUACCAGUGGACACCUUUAUGGUUUAGGAGCUCCAUCUUCCCCCAUUAAUAAUAUUGUUCAAGAAUGUGUUGAAAAUGGAAGCUCACCUUAA